AUGACCGGUGAGAAAUGUAAGGAAAUGAAAAGAGAUGAUAGGAGGACAGAAGAAGAAGAAGAGGAGGAGGAGGAGAAGGAGGAGGAGGAGGAGAGGAGUGCUGGCUGUAAAUCACAUCAGUAUCUCCCUGUUUCACACCCCAAACCUCCAAAGCAGAACAUCUGUUGUGUUUGGCCGGAGCUGCUCUCCCACUGCUCCUCUCUUUCCUCCUCUCCUCCUCAGCGGACGUCCUGACAAACACUCUGAAUCUCCCUCUGAAGAGAAGUUUGAUCCAUCUUCUGCAUUUAUCCUCGACCUUGGAGGAGGAGGAGGACGACGAAGAUGA